UCUUAUGAUAAUUCGUCCAGUUGGAAAGCCCACAAAAGUAUCCUUUAUAAAUUAUAAUUACUUCGAUUCUCAAAGUUAAAUACAUAAUCAGUUCGGUAUCUUUAUUUUUUUAAGUAGAAAUGGAAGCAAAAUUCUGUGGUUCUGGGCAAGCCAGUCCCAACAGAUUGACCAGACAUGGAGCUGAUGACAAAAAUGGCAGUCUAAAACCACUGGUAAUGAACUUCAUAGACAUAAAGGCAAAACGUUUACGGUCUGCCAUGAAAAUAAGCAAAAAGCAGUUUCAUCGACAAGAAAAUCAACAGCAGGAGCUACUUUCGAAGAACACGAAAAAGCAUAAUCAAAUCCAGCCUACAAGUAAGGUGGUAACUCUACAGGACAGGAUGUUAUCCUCACCAGGUUUCAACAGAGGCCAUUACAGUGGAGGUGAUUUACAUUAUAGCGGUCUAAAAGGAUCGUUGAUGAAAUUCAUGAAGCCAAUACGAUUGUGGACUGCGAUGAAAAUACGAAAAAAGCAGUUUCAUGGACAGGAAAAUCAGCAGCAGCUUUUGAAGAAUAUCUGUAAGGUAGUAACAUUGGAGGAUUGGAUUUUAUCUUCACCAGGUUUCAAUAAUAGUACCGGUGGAGGUGAUUUACAUGUAUCUAAACAAUCUUCUAAUAGAAUCCAUCCAUCAUUUGAUGGAGAACAUGAAGAUUUUGUUCCUAACUCUAGAACAAGUUUGCCUGUGGUGACUCCUAUAGAGAUUGAGAAAAGCGACAAAGGGCAGUCGGAGAAUACCUCAUUGUGCAGAAACGAAAAACGGAAGUUGAAGAAGAAAGUAAGCUUUAGAAAUCCAGAAGUAGCUGAUAUACUCCUACUGCAAUCACCACAGACAAACUUGGGAGAGUAUCCCUCGUCUCCUGUAGGACUCCAAUGACAAAAUUAGUUUAAACUAAAAGAAGCAAAUGUGUGUUUGCGUGUUUUACCAUAACUGCGUCUUUGCUUAGGAUUGUCGAAAUAUGAUCUCUGUCUGCCUGUGUAUGGGGGGAGACGAAUUAAAUAUGGGGGAGAGAGCAUGUUCCCGGAAACGGGUUAAUAAGACUUUGCUCAAAUCAGAAGAAAAAGUGCAACUAAAAACCAAAUAUGAUUCAUUUACACAUUGGCUGCAAAUGAAAUAUUCAAGUAAAAAUUGAAAAAAAAAAAAAAA